CGGCGGGUCCACACUACUCUUUGCUGGGGAUUCUCCGUUGAGAGGAAGUCCCCAGCAACAGGAAGAAGAAAGCGGAUUGCCGGGGUGAUUUCCUGCAGUGCCGUGACCCCAGUGCACCGCGCGUGGGUUGAGGCUGAAGAGGCAGAGGGGCAGCAACAUCCCCCGGCAGCCCCGGGGGAGAAAGUCCCGCAGGGAUGGUAGGGGGGCCAGUCCCAAGGGUCUAGGAGCCCAGGUUUUGCGUGCACCGCAUGAGGCGGGCGGGACACGCCUCAGAGCCAGCAACUUCCCGGCCUCCUCUGGACAAAAGCCAGAAAGUCCCGCCGCCGCCGCCUCCGCCCGCCCUCCCCCUCUCUCGUAUCUGCAACCGGUCUCCCCGGGGUCGGGGCCGGCCGGUGGCCGGGCUGGCGAGCCGGUAGCCGGGGACUGAACCGAUGUGGCGCAUGCGUGCUACCGCCGCAUGCUCCAGGGGCUGGAGCGGCCAGGACCGGGGCAGCGGUACCCGCGGCCGCGGGCCCGACCGUUGGGGUCGGGGCCGCGGCGGCGGCGGCUGGAGAGGCCGCGCGGGUGGGGCUCGGCAAAUGCUGGAGGAGCGAUUCGCGGAUCUGGCCGCGAGCCACCAGGAGGCGAUCCGCGCACGAGAUGAGCGAGACCGCCAGAACGCCCGGCUGCGGGAGGAGAACGGCAGGCUGCGGCUGGAGAACCGGCGGCUGAAGCGCGAGAACCGCAGCCUCUUCCGCCAGGAGCUGCAGCGAGAGAGCGAGGAGCCGGAGCCGGAACCGCCCUUAGGGGCCGCAGCCCCGGGGGGAGGGGAGCAGAAGCGGCCGCCCCUAGGCGGCGGGGAAGAGGGGGGCGGCCCGGACGGCCAGGGCGGCGGCGGCGCGGCCGAGCGGAAGAAGAGGAAAGAGAGCGAGCGGGGUGCGGACGAACCGGGGAGCCCCCGGGCCCUGAGAGCCAGGUUGGAGCGCUUAGAGGCCAUGUACCGCCGGGCCCUGCUGCAGCUGCAUCGCGAGCAGCGAGGCCUCUGCGGGCGGACCCUGGCCUCCGGCCUAAACAAAGAGGACCGGGAGGAGGACGAGGAGAAGGAGGAACGGCCACUGGAGACUUGGGGGGCGGGAGGGCCUUGAGCCCCUGCUCUAACGUGGAGGCGAGGCGGGGCCGCUUUUCGGAUUGGAGGGGAACGAGCCCCCCUCCCCCAGCCCCUAAACCUUCCGGGCCCCGCCUCGCUUCUUUUUGAGGCGACCGAGGCCAUGCGCUGCAACACAUUUCUACUUGAAUUUUGGGGGUGCCCCGCCAACCGCUCCCUUCCUCUCGUGUCGUGCCCCCCACCCCCCCCUUUAACACAUCAGGGAAAGGGGUAGAGCACAGCCCCCUCGGCCGUAGCCAGAUUGAGCAGGAUCUGGAGGCCCACUCCACAACUACAUAGUCAGGGAGAUGACAAGCCGAUUUGCUGUUGCCACGUGCGUGUGCUGGAGAGAGAGAGAGAGAGAAAUUGAACCGCUCAGCGAGGAGCUGGAAGGCUCCAGAUGGGACUUGAUAAAGUUCCCUUGUCACCCAGCAAAAGAGCGAAAACCAUGACAAGCCAAGUCUACUAAUGGCAGAGCCAUCCUUUCUAAUCACCUCUCCCAACUUUGCUCAGAACCUAGUCGUGUUUUGCACAUUUGGUCUUUCACUGGUGAACCUAAUGUUUCAAGUUAUUUUAGUCACGGAAAUAUCAUCUUCCUCCCGUUCUACUCCAAAAAGUACUCAGUCGUGUCUGACAUCCUUUUCCCCCCCUCCCAUAGCAUCUUUAAAACCAAAAGUCCAAACCUGAAGGCUUUUCAAGUCUUACCGACCCAUACAUAACUCUAGGUCUUGGUUUGUUCACCUCUGACCCUUCUAAAACAUCUGCCUACGUACGGCACGUUGGAUGGGUAAAACUGCAGAGCGCUAAAUAAAUCUUUGGCACACAGA